GGUCUUCCAACGGACUGGGCGUUGCCCCCGGACACUGGGGACUGCCCCCGGGGUCUCGCUCACCUUCAGCCCGUCCGCAGCCCGUUGCAGAGCGCUCGCUCUCUGCCUCGGCUCCUAGCGCGCCCGCGGACGCAGCCUCCGGCCUCCAGCCUCGCGGAGAUGGUUUCCCCAGACCCCCAAAUUAUCGUGGUGGCCCCUGGGGCUGAACCCGAGUCUACGCAAGCCCAACGCACUGAGGACGGGGGAACUAGUAUCCGGAUAUUUUGGGUGGGCCCCAAAGGCGAGCUGCUUAGAUGCACCCCGGUGAGCCCGGUCAUGCAGGCACCAAUGGGGAUCCGAGUGGGAAAGUCGAUGCUGGUGCCGUUCGCCUUCUUGGCCUUCGCCUCGUGCUGCUAUGCUGCUUACCGCCCCAGUGAGACUCUGUGCGGCGGGGAGCUGGUGGACACCCUCCAGUUUGUCUGCGGGGACCGCGGCUUCUACUUCAGCAGGCCGGCAAGCCGCGUGAACCGCCGCAGCCGUGGCAUCGUGGAAGAGUGCUGCUUCCGCAGCUGCGACCUGGCCCUGCUGGAGACCUACUGCGCCACCCCCGCCAAGUCCGAGAGGGACGUGUCGACCCCUCCGACCGUGCUUCCGGACAACUUCCCCAGAUACCCCGUGGGCAAAUUCUUCCAAUAUGACACCUGGAAGCAGUCCGCCCAACGCCUGCGCAGGGGCCUGCCUGCCCUCCUGCGAGCCCGCCGGGGUCGCACGCUCGCCAAGGAGCUGGAGGUGUUCAGAGAGGCCAAGCGUCACCGUCCCCUGAUCGCCCUGCCCACCCAGGACCCCGCCGCCCACGGGGGUGCCUCUCUUGAGGCGUCCGGCCAUCGGAAGUGAGCCAAAUUGUCGUAAUUCUGCAAAGUGGCACCAUCCGCUCGUGACCUCCUCUUGACCGGGACCUUUCCAUCAGGUCCCACCUCUGAAACCUCUGUACCGUCCUGUCUGCGGGCUCCCCCGACCUGGCCCCCGUGCCCCAACCUCCCCACGUCAGGCUGGUCUCUCCUCGGCCCCCUCCAUCGGGCUGAGGGAAUCACAACAAAAUCUUUAAAAAUGUACAAAACCAAUUGGCUUUAGCUCUCUCUCCCAAAUUAUCACCCCCAAAUUACACAAAAUUGCAAUCACAAACGUGUCGGCCCCCUUGAAACGAAUUGGCUUCUUAGCAACACUGGAAAAGCUGACUAGCUUUCCAGAAAACCCUAAAAAAAAAAAAAUCAAUUAGCUGAAAAAAAAUACUAAAAAUAAAUUGGCUUCAAAACAAUUGGCAAAAUAAAAGAAUUUGGCCCCCACCCUUCCUUCUCGUUCCUUUCGGACCUGGACUUCAAUUGGCUGUGAGCUGACCAUCCAAGAGAAAGGAAGGCACCAAAUUUGCAGGUAGGCUUGUCACUGCUCGCCAGCCAUCUCCCUCCUUCGCCAACCCCUCGCUGGGCUCUGGCAGUAUGGCACCAAAGACCCAAAGCCGUUCCUCCCCCUAGUUUCCAUCCCUGAGACCGCUAUGGAGCAGUGGGGGGGCCCAGCAAGACCCGAGGAGCGGUGCACGGAACAGAAAACCCGAAUUCGCGCAGAUAAAACUUAAUUGGCUUAAACGCCCACACGCUCCAAAAUCUUACGUCUGAAUUCUCACCUUUGAAAGCACACGCACCCACACUCAACCCUGUACGCGCGCACACGCGCACACACACACACACACACUCACACACGCACCCUCACACACGCCCAUCCACUCAAGCUCACACACAUCCACGGCCCUCACGUGCAUCCGUACACGCACACGCACACACACCCAGAUAUGUGGGAUACCCAAACCCAGCAUUGUGCAGAUGAGACCGCAUUCCAUCCCAAAUUCUUCUCUAAGCUGCCCUGCAACGAGGUUUUCACGUCCUGUGCUCCCCUCAGGUCCCCUGGGAUGCGCCCUAGGGUGGGAGGGUGUGUGUCCCAGGCUCAGGCGCGGGUGGUUCCAUCUUUCCGAGAUGAGGAAGAUCCCCCCUCCUUCUCGGCACCCGUCCUGACCCCACGGCCCCUGCAGUGAGGGUCCCGAUGCCUCCAGACCCCACUGGCAUCCACGCACCUACUAUCGUGCCGAGUGAGGAACGGGUUUGGCCGGACUGGAGAUGGCUGUGGCCAAGCAAGACAUGCCCUGCCACGUCGCCUGACCCCCUAGGUGUGCUCCUGCGAGAUCUGGGGACCCCCCCCCAGCGCGCCUAGGGAUCAUCUUUGCCAGCCUCCU